AUGGGAUACGCUUACUACGUCCUGAUAUUUGCCCUCGUGGUGGCAAUUUCCAGAUUGAUCCACGGAGGGGAUGCGCUAUCCCAGCGUUUGCGAAGCCGCCUGGUUGGUGACCUCUAUGCAGAGGAUUUCGCGCCCAGCACAGUUCGGAUUCGGUCGCCUGGCACACAUCACAUAAAGGAGGACAUCGAAUUCAAUCCUACAGGGGCCCAUCUAAGCUGGAGUGAAAUUCCAGAGGACUCGAGUACCUAUCCGCAAAAUGGUGGGUAUAUUUUUUCCGCAGCGUUAACAGCAGAGGCCGACAACGUGGAUAUCGUGGAUAUCGAGUGGAGGCCGACAACAGUGGAGGCCGCAGCAUUUCCACAAAAAGCGGCGCCUCUUCAGCAUCAUCGAACUUGGCUCAGCACCGUGCAUUGCUGGCCAGGGCCCGCCACAGUUCGCAGGCAGUCCUAUGACCAGCGAGCCUUUGGCGAGCGCGCGUAA